GAAAGUCAAAUUGAAAUGCACACAUGUGCACAUUGUUAACAGAACUUCUUAACGUGAUCCUGCUAUAAUUGCUGUCCCAAAUGGAGGUUUAAAGGAAUGGACCAUAGACCCAACAUGAGUGACCACGGCCUGCAGAAGCCAGACAGAGAGGUCCUCUCCUGGCUCUACCUAUUCCUGGCUCUCCUAGGCUUCCUCACUAACGGCCUGGUGCUGUAUGAGCUAUGGAGGACCCAGAGGAAGCCCACAGUCAUUUUUGCCCUGAACAUGGUAGUGUCUGAUAUCAUCCUUUGCGUCAGCUUCCUCUUCCGGAUAGCUUACUAUCAAAAGAGCGAUUGGCACGCAAAUUUGCUACUCUGCCAGGUGGUCUUAUCAGUCGCGAUCAGCGUCUUCUACGUGAAUAUCUAUUGCAACAUGUGCUUCCUCUUGUGGACAAGCAUCAACCGCUAUGUCACUGUAGUGCAGCCACGUUACACAGUGCUGCAAGCAUUCAGAAGCCCACAGAGAUGCAGCGUACUCUGUGCUGCCACCUGGUUAGUCUUUCUGGUAAUAGUAACCACAAGAGUGACGUGGACUCAGGUGAAGAUCAAAUGGAAACCAAUAGAAACAAACGGCUCCUGCUCUGACGUGAUGGAGUAUCACAAGAAAGAGCAACGAGUCACACUGGCCUUCGGUACGCUGCUCUUCUUUCUCAUUCUCGGAGCGAUGCUGGUCAGCUACGGCCUGCUCCUGUACCACCUGCAGAAGAUCCGCAGAACCUGCCUCCAGAGCGCCGGGUUCAGACCAGGCCUGGGCCUGAGAGUCAAGAGGAAGGUCCUGGCGUCCAUGUCGGUGUUCCUGGUCUGCUUCCUCCCACACCACAUCCAGCGGAGUGUCAGGCUUCUCUCGGCGCGAGAAGAAGAUUCCGCCACGGAGCAAAUGUUCUCCAAGGUCCAGACUGUCACUAUUCUGGUGGCCGCGUUGAACUGCUGCCUCAAUCCCAUCCUGCACCUGGUGCUUCGCUUGCCAUGCUGUCGUCCAAAGAGACCCAAAUGUGCAAUGGCCGUCACAGACUGCUCCAGGAACCAAAUACCACAGAUACAUAUCACCGAGGCAACUGAGAGAGAAUUGGGCACAUUAUGAUAUACUGUAUUGUGGCUUACUGGUUAGGGCUUCGAGCUUGUAACCGGAGCUUGUGCCGGUUCGAUCCCCGACCAGUCCACGGCUGAAGUGCCCUUGAGCAAGGCACCUAACCCAAGUUA